AUGGUCACACCCAGGGGAAUCGUUGUAUUUUCUGGCGGAAGCGCAGCGAAUAGCCUUGUAGAUGUAUUCGGUGCGGUCCGCCAAAGCAAGGAGUGUCCUCUCAGCUAUAUAAUUCCCAUUAGUGAUAAUGGCGGUUCUUCUUCCGAGUUGAUUCGGGUGUUUGGUGGGCCUGGAAUUGGUGAUGUACGGAGUAGGCUCGUCCGUCUGAUUCCUGAAUGCCCUCCACACUCUGAGCGGGCAGCGCUUAAAACGUUCUUCAACCAUCGUUUAGCCCCAUCAGCGAGCACAGCGCAUGCUGAAUGGUAUUCCAUAGUCGAGGGGACGUCGCCCUUGUGGGAAGCUAUAUCCCCGGCAAAGAGGGAACUGAUCCGCUCCUUUUUGAAUCUCCUCAACCUGGAAAUCCUUAAGCGUGCAAGACCGCCGUCUUCAACAUUUGACUUCACCUCUGCUAGUGUAGGCAAUCUGUUUUUGACAGGCGCACGCCUCUUCAGUGGCAGUCUCGAGAGUGCCAUAUACCUGCUGGGCAGCAUCUGCUCAGUCCCCACAGACGAUGUCCGUGUAAUCCCCGCUAUAAACUCCACGUUUUCCCACCACAUAUCGGCCUCUCUAGUUGAUGGCUCAGUCAUCGUCGGCCAGAACAGCAUUUCCCAUCCAAGUGAAGCAACAGCUAUCCAGCCAAUCCCAUCACUCAGAAGGCCCAGCCUCCUCCUUGCCGAUGGCGACGACGCUUGCUCUGAUUCUGAUGACCUCCCAUACAAUGAAAGCCACCUCCCAGGCUCUCUUCCAACACUGCGCAACAAGAACGUAACCUUCAGCAAAACCGGGACAGAAGAUCUCCCCUGCCGCAUCUCUCGGCUUUGGUACAUAAACCCCUAUGGUCAAGAGAUCAGACCCCCAGCCAACCCCCGUGUUCUAGAUGCGUUGUAUUCAUCACAGGCCAUAAUAUACAGUAUCGGCUCACUCUACACGUCUAUAAUACCUUGCAUAAUCCUCAAGGGUGUGGGAAAAGCUAUUUAUAACAGCGGUGCCCGGCAGAAGAUCCUGAUAUUGAACGGGUCCAUAGACCGCGAGACAGGGCCGGCAAGACAGCCCUUCACCGCAGCAGAUUUUAUCGAAGCCAUUGUCCGUGCUGGCGAGGAAAGUCGGGGCCUCAAGUACCAUCAUUUAACACGUUUGAACGAAGAUAAAACGUCUGAGAGUUCCACGGAAACCCGGCCAGCUGUUUCGCUGCCGUAUACGUCAUACGUUACUCACAUCUUGCAUCUGGAGGGCCCUGGAACGCCACCUGUAGACCGCGAACGUUUGGCUGGGAUGGGGAUUGAAUGUGUGCGAUUGUAUGGGAGGAAGGUGGAGAAUGAAUCGGGUGUGGUGGUUGGGAUGCGGUAUGACCCAACGGCACUUACACAGGCGUUGGAAGUUGUGCUGGGUAAAAAAGGCGAUGCGAUUGUUAGAGGCGGGCUAGCCGCGGCGAGGAGUAGGCGGAAUACAUUGGAGCCAUUGGGAGGGGUCGGCAGCGUUGGGCCUAAGGGAAGCAGUGGCGCUUUGUAA